AUGCGCCCUCUGAUUCACCAUUCGCGCCAUUUGGCUUUUCGAAUAUCCACAGGGGGUCGAACUAGUGCCUUCAUUUCCGUAACUUAUUUCCAAGCGGUUCGAUUCCACACCGCGUCGGCUGGCUGUAUUGAUGAAACAUUCGCGCUCCCUAUCGGCAACAAUGGAGAGAUUGAACUGAGAGUGACGCGACCGGCCACGUAUUCACAUGCCCAGAGCCAAUUUUCAUCGGGGCCAAAUGUAAUUCUCUAUCUGCCACCGGGUCCCUUGUUUCAAGGGCCUGCUGCAGAUCCUGCUCAGGAUAAUUCAGCCUCAUUUGAUGCGCGCAGAGAGAUUGACUUGUUCAAUGCAGACUCUGCUGAGUCCUCGCCGCAGCACCGUUUGGCCUCCGCGACCUCCGCAACGGUAGUCACGGUCAACUACCGCCUUGGCAGGCCGGAGGGGACAAAUAUCUUGCCUGAAAAGACGGCUUCAGAGCAAGAGCAGGAUUCAAGUCCCGAAAAAGCAGUCUCUGCAAGCGAUGCCCAGACAGAUUUCUACAAGUACCCGAACCCGGUACACGACACACUCGUUGGAUUUGACUGGAUCCAGAAGCACCUUGAGCCCGCCUGCCUGGUGGUAUUCGGGUCUCACAUCGGCGGCUCAUUAGCCCUAAUGCUAGCGCUCACAGAAGCACAAUCGGUCCAAGCAGUCGCAGCACACGAGCCUGUAUGCGACUGGCCCGGGCUAGACGAAUACUGCGCAAUCGAAGACGCAGAAGAAGCCGAAUCUAGCACCAGUUCAAGUGACAGCCACCAUGGAUCAAGGAUCCGAUCAAAACGACCCCCAAAGGCAAGAUCAUCACGGUCCACGCCCCCAGACCUGAUCCCCCUUCUACAAGCGCGCGAAAAAUUUUUCGCCUCGCCAGAGCGAUGCUUCGACGCAUUCGCAUCUCCAAUCCUCUUCCUCCGCUCCGCAGGCCGCGAUAUACCGCGCGCAUUCCCGCGCUAUCUCACAGGUCCAGAAUACCCCGUGCCUACGCUUAAAAAUACCCGCAAGUCGACAUCCGCAGAGCAGCACGCGGCGGCGGAUGGGUCUUUGUGGGAUAGAGAUGUGUAUCCAGAUGGUGAUGCACAGGCCGAUUUGGAAGCUUCUACUCCGGUUGUACGUCGCCGGAAGGCAUUGUCUCGUUGGCCGCCGUAUGGGUUGGAUUAUGGGCUAAGUGGAAAGACUUGGUCCGGGCCCGGGCAUGGGAUUGGUCGGUUGCAGAUUACUUUACCUUGGGUGAGGGUUUUUUUGCGGAAUGAGGUUGAUGGGUUUGGCGAGGAGUCUGCGGGUCGUUUGACGGGACAUAAGGUUGCUGAUGCAAUGCCCACGGUCCUUGAGAAGCAGGGUGAGGAGAUAGUUUCUGUUAUGCGUCGGGCGUGUUUCUGGGGUCGGGAGAAGGGUUUUGGGGAGAAGAAGGUGACGUUAUCGCGGGUUAACGGUAGCCCAGAUAAAGAGGCAGCGGCCUGGCUCGGUGGUGUUUUUGACGGGUCGAUAGAAGGGGAUUAA